GUCAAAGGAAACGUCAAACCAGCGUCAAACUAACCAAUUAUUGAAUAAUUACAUAACAGUCUUUUAUCAAAUAAACAGCUUCAAUAUUUUAAUAAAAGAUCGCUACAAAUUACAAUUCUUGAUCUAUUGCUGUAGCAAAAGGUAAUAAAGCUACUAACCGGUUACAUCAAAUAUGGCAAAACCGUCAACCAUCAAAGAUGCAAUCAAAAAAUGGGAAGAAAAAUUUCCCGGUGCAGAUAUUUCUCAAGCCGAAGAUGUAGGUUUUCAAUUCCAGUGGCUGCCAAUAGAAAAAAUGGAUAAUUCAUUAGCAGCGUUGACAAAUGUGAAGAAGUUAAGUUUGUCCACAAACUGCAUUGAAAAAAUUACGGGAUUGAACGGAUUAAAAAAUUUACGGAUUCUCUCUGUGGCAAGAAACUACAUCAAAGCAUUUACAGGAUUGGAAGCCGUAGCAGAUACAUUGGAGGAGUUAUGGAUUUCGUAUAAUUUAAUUGAAAAAACCAAAGGUAUAGGUGCUUUGAAAAAGCUAAAAGUGCUCUACAUGAGUAACAACUUGGUGAAAGAAUGGAGCCAAUUUAAUUUACUUCAGGAAUGUCCUGCAUUGGAAGACCUUCUCUUUGUAGGGAAUCCCCUUUAUGAAAACUUGGAUGAAGCUGUAUGGAGGGCGGAAGCCAGCAAACGAAUCUCUACAUUAAAAAAAUUGGAUGGUGAAACAAUCUUGCGAGAAGAUGCAGAGGAAGAAGAAGAUUAAUCUAAAUUUGUUUAUUUAUUAAACAUCUUCAGUAAU